CGAAUAUCAGUCGAAAGCUAAUACACUUUCCGAUGUUUGUCAAUAACUGGGCUUCGAUGCGAAGCUUAACUGGUGCCAGCCGCUUACCACUGCGUCGUAUUCUGGGUAGCUCGCUACCGAUAUCUGUCAGCCGAAAAUGUGCCUAUUCUACACAGUUGUCUAAGGACAAAAAAACUAUCUUGGAUCGUCUAGAUCCUGCCCCCGAUGCCGAGGGGUUGAAGUACUAUCAAAAUACAUUCCAGCAGCCUCAAAUAGCUGUUGUGAAGGUAGGUGGAGCAGUCAUCACGGACUCACUGGGCGAGCUAGUAUCUGCUUUGAAGGAUUUGCACAAAAGCAACUUGAUUCCUGUGAUCGUACAUGGGGGUGGACCACAGAUGAACCAGCGACUGGAAUCGGAAGGCGUUGAGCCUGUCUAUGAGCAGGGUAUGCGCGUGACAGAUAAAGCAACGCUGAAAAUCGCCGAAGAAGUGUUUCAAUCCGAAAAUGACAAAGUUGUACAGGCGUUGAAAACAGCUGGUGUAUCGGCUCAAGGGUUUGUUGGAGAUGGUAUGCUACAAGGCAAGUACCUCGACUUUGCCAAAUGGAAAUAUGUGGGCAAGAUAACGAGUAUAAACCAGCCCAAGCUGCGCGACCUAGUCAAGAGCAAAAUCAUCCCUGUGAUUGCCAGUCUUGCGGCGGGUGACGAGGGUUACUCUUUGAAUGUUAACGCAGACGUUGUGGCGGCCUUUCUAGCACGAUCGCUUCAGCCGUUGAAUACCGUGUAUCUCAGCCCUGGUGGAGGUAUUUUCGAUGAUCAAAAGCAACUGUUACCCGAGAUCAAUCUCAAAAGGGACUGGGAUAUGCUGAUGGCAAAGCCCUGGGUGAAGUUCGGAACCAAGCUAAAGAUCGAACAGGUGCGAGAUAUUCUGGCAGAUGCUACGGAUGGUGACGCCAAAGUCAAUCUGACUUCACCCCAACAUCUGCGUCGUAUUCUAGUGAACGAUCUUGCGCAACUGCAGCUGGGUACUACCGUGCACAAAGGAGAGCAGACAACCGAGUCUUCGUCGGCGAAAAAGCGCAUUGGUAUCAUCGGUGCACGAGGCUACGUAGGCAGAGAGCUCAUGCGCAUCAUCCAGUCACACCCUAACAUGGAUAUCGCAUGCGUUUCGUCUCGUCAGUUUGUAGGCCAGCGCGUCUGCGAUACUAUCGAAGGGGUACACAUUCCUCUGAAAUACACAAAUCUCUCCCCGGACGAACUCGGCACGACUGAGGGCAUAGAUGCUUGGGUUCUGGCCCUUCCCAAUGGAUUGAGCGAAACCUACGUUACAGCGCUACAGGGUGCACACCAGAGUAAAGGUACCAUGCCUGUGGUAGUUGAUCUCAGUGCUGACAACCGAUUCACGGACAAAUGGACAUAUGGUCUCCCAGAGAGAUAUCGUUCUGAUCUGACUAAGGCCAAGCUUAUCAGCAACCCAGGGUGCUAUGCAACCGGUGCCCAGCUGUCCAUUCUUCCACUUAAGGACAGCCUUGCCAGUCCACCCGUAGUGUUUGGUGUGUCUGGCUAUUCGGGUGCGGGUACUAAUCCGUCGCCGAAGAAUGACCCAGCGUUCCUUAAGGAUAACUUAAUACCAUACGCGCUGUCCAAUCACAUCCACGAGAGAGAGGUGACUCGUCAGGUUGGCCAGAACAUUCACUUCACGCCGCAUGUUGCGUCGUGGUUCCAGGGUAUCUCGCUGACCACAAAUAUACAGUUGAGCCGUCCAACAACCUCGGAGGAGGUGUUCGAGAUCUACAAGAAGGCUUACGAAGGAGAGCCUCUGAUCAAGGUGACCAAGGAUGUACCCUUGGUUCGCGACAACGCUGGCAAGCACCACGUGUGUGUGGGAGGCUUCGAAGUGAGUGCGACCGAUCCAAGCCGUGUCGUGGUUGUGUCUACGUUGGACAAUCUGCUGAAAGGUGCUGCAACACAGUGUGUGCAGAACUUGAACCUGGCAUUAGGCUUAGAGGAGACGGCAGGUAUUUCAACCGAAUGAAUACAAUAUAAUUUAGUGGAGACGAGAGUCAUAAUAUAAUAUCAAGCAUUAUAAACGAAUAAAAUAUAAUAAAGUUAGUAUUUAAAUA